AUGCCUAGCUUCGACGCGUGGCUUGUCAUCUUCGGUUCGCUCGAACCCCGAGUUGCCCCCAAAUCUAGACUUCAGGCCCACUCCGAGCAUUUGUUUGGAGAAGAGGACCCGCGCAAGUCCGUAUCCCGGAGGACGGCCUGCGGCGUGAUUGGUCUGGAGGAGGCAAUUCGAACCUUUCAGGGAAUCCGGCCCAGACCCCAUCCGAACCGGCUGUACCGGGAUCGCAGAGCCAAAGUGAGGGUUCAGGCUCUGCUUCGGGAGUCCUUUCCCAGCGUGACAUCACUGGAUAUGGCGGCUGAGGUUACCAUGACGGCAAAGGCUCCAGAAGAAGAGGUUUGA